CUUCCCAUGGAAGGUCGAUGCCUGCGUUUGCUGAGGCUCUAGGAUUCUGUUGUUUGCUGUUUAAUUAACUGAAGAGUCCAGUUUUUCCCAUGAACCAUCUUUCACCUCGGGAAGAUAGAGGUGCAAAGUAGGUCAACCAACAUGAGUGGCCUUGGGGACAGCUCAACGGACCCUGCCAACCCCGACUCUCGGAAGAGGAAAGGCUCGCCCUGUGAUACAGCCCAGAGCAAUGAAAAGCGGCGACGGGAACAGGAGAACAAAUAUUUAGAGGAGCUGGCAGAGCUGCUGUCUGCAAACAUCGGGGACAUCGACACUCUGAGUGUCAAACCCGACAAAUGCAAGAUCCUAAAAAAGACGGUUGAUCAGAUCCAGCAGAUGAAGAGGUUGGAGCAAGAGAAAGCAGCUGAUGAUGAAGUCCAGAAGUCCGACAUCUCGUCCAGCAGCCAGGGGGUGAUUGAGAAGGAGUCUCUGGGACCUCUUCUUCUGGAGGCAUUGGACGGCUUCUUCUUCGUUGUGAACCGCGAAGGGAGGAUCGUCUUCGUCUCUGAGAACGUGACCAGCUACCUGGGUUAUAACCAGGAGGAGCUCAUGAACACCAGUGUCUACAGCAUCCUGCACGUGGGGGAUCACGCUGAGUUCGUCAAGAACUUGUUGCCGAAGUCUCUAGUAAAUGGAGUUCCUUGGCCUCAAGAAGCAACCAGGCGCAACAGCCAUACCUUCAGCUGCAGGAUGCUGAUCCGGCCGCCUGACGAGCCGGGCGCGGAGAACCAGGAGGCUCGUCAGCGCUACGAAGUGAUGCAGUGCUUCACCGUCUCCCAGCCCAAGUCCUUCAAGGAGGAAGGAGAAGAUUUCCAGUCGUGUCUGAUAUGCAUUGCGAGACGAUUACCUCGACCAGCAGCCGUCACCCCUUCUGAAUCCUUUGUGACCAAGCAAGACACCACAGGUAAAAUCAUCUCCAUUGACACCAGUUCCCUGAGAGCCGCCGGCAGGACGGGCUGGGAGGAUUUGGUGCGGAAAUGCAUCUACGCUUUCUUCCAGCCUCAGGGCAGAGAGCCAUCUUACGCCAAACAGCUCUUUCAAGAAGUGAUGACACGUGGCACGGCCUUCAGCCCCUCCUAUCGAUUCACCUUGAGUGACGGGACAGUGCUUAGUGCCCACACCAAGUGUAAGCUCUGCUACCCCUCCAGCCCGGAGAUGCAGCCCUUCAUCAUGGGCAUCCACGUCAUUGACAGGGAUCACGGCAUGCUCUCACCCCAGGAGAACACUAACUCCGCGAUGUCCCUUCCCCGGGUCAGCCCCUCGCUGAACCCCAGCAUCUCCCCGGGGCAAGGCAUGGCCCUGCCACCCUCCAUCCCUCCCUCCAACGGCAGCAUGUUGGCCACCAACGUGAACCAGCAGCCAGGCGCCGGCCUCCACAACUCCAGCAGCCAAACCGGUUUUGGAUGUUCACCUGGGAACCAGAUAGGAGCCAACGUUGCCUUAAGCCAGGGACAAGCCGGUCCCCAGAACAGUAACCACACUUUGAACCUCAGUAGCUCCCCCAUGAAUAGUCCAGGGAUUACCCCACCGCAGUUCAUGUCUCCGAGGCAUCGGGUCAGCCCAGGGCUGGUGCCCAGACCCAGAGUGCCCAGCAAUCCCUUCUCGCCCACCAUGCCCACCAUGCACUCCCCCGUGGGCAUGGCCAACAGCGGCAGCGGGGGCGGCAGUGGCACCGGUGGCACCAGACCCUUUCCCAGCGCCCCCAUAAACUCUAUGCAGGGGCUGACGGAAGGUCCCAGCACGCCGGUGGGCUACUCGACGCCACCCCCCGUGCCGAGACACCAUAAGCUGGUCCAGCUCCUGGCCACCACGGCGGAGCAGCAGCUUCGACACGCCGAUGCGGACACAAGCUGCAAAGAUUCGUUAGCCUGUGCAGGCACCGCUGGCACCUUGGCCUCCGGCAACCCUCCCAGCAGCACCUGCCCUUCCUCCCAUAGCUCACUGACUGAGCGACACAAGAUUUUGCAUAGACUCCUUCAGGAGGGCAGCCCUUCUGAUAUUACCACUCUGGCCAUGGAGCACGAGAAGAAGGAGAACGCCCCAGACCCCGCCACCACCCCGACGGCUCAGAGCCAGCUGCCGGGAACCCCGGACAUCAAACUGGAGCCAGACGCGCUGAAGAAAAAAGAUGUCAAGGAUCACCAGCUCCUGCGCUAUCUGCUGGACAAGGAUGAGAAGGAGCUUGCUGCAGCCCCGGCACUGAGCCUGGACGAUGUGAAGGUGAAGGUGGAGAAGACGGAGCAGAUGGAGCCCUGUAACACGGCCCCAGUGCCGCUCGCCAAACCUCCUGCCACGGAGGAGGUCAAGCUGGAGUCGCAGGGCCAGUUUGCUGCCGAACUGGAGCAGCUGGACCAGCUCCUGCCCUCGCUGGAGAAGGCGGCUCAGCUGCCCGGCUUGUGCGGACCGGAGAGAAACGAGAGCGGCGUGGCCGGCGUCCCCGUCAAACCGGAGAUGCUGGCAGCCCCCCUGCAGCCCAGCACCGCUGCCAGAGCCCCCACGGGACUCAACCCGAUGAACAGCGGGCAGGGCGUGCAGGCUGGUCGGACCCCCUUUGAGUUCUGUGACCCCCUGGAGCCAGCGCAGCUGAGGCCGGUUCCUUGUCCUGCGAGCAACGGCAGCAGCCCGCACGCCCGCGGGCCGUCCCAGCAGGGCAGGGGGACGGUGACCGCACCAAACCCCUUCCCACCCGACACAGGUACGCCUGAGCUGGAGAUGGUGCCGGAUCACCAGUUUGGACAGCCGGGAAUGGGGGAGCAGAUCCCCUGGACGGACGGAUAAAUGGCAGCCAUGAAUCGAGGCGCGCUGAAUAAACCCGAAGACCAGUGCAUCACCUCGCAGCUGGAUGAGCUCCUGUGUCCUCCCACCACGCCGGAGGGUCGGAACGACGAGAAAGCCCUGCUCGAGCAGCUCGUCUCCUUCCUCAGCGGCAAAGACGAGACGGAGCUGGCCGAGCUGGAUCGAGCUCUUGGGAUCGACAAACUGGUCCAGGGCGGCGGGCUGGAAGCCCUGACGGAGCGGUUCCAGCCCCAACAAGCCACCCCUCCGCUCAUGAUGGAGCAGAAACCCAGCAUGUACCCCCAGCCUUACUCCUCCGCCUCUCCCACCACCAACCUCCCCGGCGCCUUCCCCGGCAUGGUCAGGCAGAAGCCGUCCUUCGGACCCAUGCCGGUGCAGGUACCGCCGCCCCGCGGCGCCUUCCCCACCAGCAUGGCCAUGCAACCCCGGCAGACGCUCAACAGACCCCCGACGGCCCCCAACCAGCUGCGACUUCAGCUGCAGCAGCGGCUGCAGGCUGCAGGGGCACUGAUCCAUCAAAACCGGCAGGCGAUCCUCAACCAGUUUGCAGCCAGUUCCCCGGUGGGGAUCAACAUGCGGGCGGGGAUGCAGCAGCAGAUCACGCCGCAGCCUCCCCUCAACGCCCAGAUGCUGGCCCAGCGCCAGCGCGAGCUCUACAGCCAGCAGCACCGGCAGCGGCAGCUCAUGCAGCAAGGAGCCAUCCUGAUGAGACAGCAAAGCUUCGGAAACAACCUCCCUCCCUCCGCCGGGCUGCCGGUCCAGAUCGGAGCCGCUCGCUUGCCCCAAGCGCCCCCCCAGCAGUUCCCUUACCCACCAAACUACGGUACGACCCCGGGAAACCCUCCCACCUCCACCAGCCCCUUCUCGCCGUUGGCGUCCAACCCCGAGGCCGCGCUGGCUAACCGCAGCAGCAUGGUGAACAGGGGGAUGAUGGGCGGCGUCGGAGGGCAGUUCGGCGCCGGGAUGACCCCGCAGAUGCAGCAGAACAUCUUUCAGUAUUCGGGAUCAGGCAUGGGUCAGCAAAGCGAACCCGCCUUUGCCCCGUCGCUCAGCCCCAGCAGCCCCCUGAUGUCACCCCAGCUCCCGCCUUCGCAAAGCCCCAUGCUGCAGCCGGCCCCGCCGACGCCGGGCUACCAGUCGCCUGACAUGAAGACCUGGCAGCAAGGAGCCAUGGGGAAUAGCAACGUAUUCAGCCAAGCGGGGCAGAGCCAGCCGGCGCCUGCUCAGCAGGGCAUGUACAACAACAUGAGCAUCACCGUCUCCAUGGCGGGAGGAAACACCAACGUCCAGAACAUGAACCCCAUGGCCGGACAGAUGCAGAUGAACUCGCUGCAGAUGCCCGGGAUGAACUCCAUGUGCUCGGAGCAGGUAAAUGACCCGGCGCUGAGACCCGCGGGCCUUUACUGCAACCAGCUUUCCUCCACUGACCUUUUGAAAACAGAAGCAGAUGGGGCGCAGGUCAGUAAGAAACUGCUAAGCACAUCUCAGGUACCCCGAGGAGUUUGA